AUGGCACAAAAAAUAUCCUCCGGUAACAUCGCUUUUCGGCUGAGACGUGGUCAACCAGAUUUGUUGGGUAAACCAUCGGCAGAAACUGGAAAAUCCGUCUACCGAGCAGAUUUCAAGGAGCCGCCAUUGCCUCCCCCACCCACCAGGGGCAAGCGAAGAGAGCUCCUGGAGAGAUUUCUGUUCGAAAAGAUCUCCGCAGAUAUCGCGGCCCGAGAAUUCCGGCCCCGCAGCCCGCCCUCCUACCGGACCUGUACGCAGGACCACUUCGACGUUGCCGGAUUCGACCCGGAUGCCGGACUCCGGCCUUCGUUCGAGCACGCUCUCUACUCCGAGCCGCAGCUCACUUUCUGGUCGGAUAACCGGAGGGUCUCGCACGGCGUGACGGUGCCGGACUGUCCGACCGGACUGUUCCACCGGUCGGCCGGAUUCAGCAAGGGUGUCGUGGAGCGAUGGGGUGGAGGGGAAGACUGGGGUGAAGCCCCUCCCACCUGCACAGAGUCGUGUUGACUG